AUGUCUGUUGCCAACAAGAUCUUCCGCACGGCCAACGCGCCAGUCACCUCGCCGUCUGAGAUUGAGACGACUGUCGCCCAGUCGUUGCUCGACCUCGAGGCAAACGUUCCAGAGCUUAAGGCUGAGCUGCGACCGCUUCAGAUCUCUGCGGCCCGUGAGGUCGAUGUCAAGGGCGGCAAGAAGGCGAUCAUCGUCUUCGUGCCGAUGCCUCAGCUCAAGGCUUUCCACAAGAUUCAGCAGAGACUCACCCGCGAGCUCGAGAAGAAGUUCUCGGACCGCCACGUUCUCUUUGUUGGGCAACGACGCAUCCUGGGCAAGCCUGGCCGCCGCUCGCGUGUCAAGCAGCCCCGCCCUCGGUCGCGCACCCUGACCGCUGUCCACGACGCCAUCCUCGAGGACCUCAUCUUCCCCUCUGAGAUCGUUGGCCGCAGGACAAGGGUUGCCACCGAUGGCAGCAAGCUCAUCCGCGCGUACCUUGACAGCAAGGACUCCACCUCCCUCGAAUACAAGCUGGAUAGCUUCAGCAGUGUCUACAAGAAGCUCACCGGCAAGGAUGUCCACUUCUCCUUCAGGGAUGCCGACGGUAUUUAA